AUGCCUCGAAGCUUGAGAAGUCGUUUAAACCGCUCUGAUUCUUCGAAUACUCCAGCUGAGCCAUAUACUGUAAAUUUUGUCUUUCACAAUUUCCCUGAAACUGCAAAUCCUGUUGUUCCUGAGCCUAUUGAAGGUAAGAUUCCAGUAACAACUUUUCCAACGUACAUGAGCCCACUUUUGAAAUUAGGAGCUACCGUCAACGAGAAUAUAGAAAGGUACAGAAAUCAUCUUGACUGUGCGCUAAAUCCAAUCAAUCAGCCAUCUGAGCAACCAUCUUCAACACCAAUUGUACAAGACUUUCCAAAUGCCUCUCAAUCUGAGGCCACAGCUGAAACUCUGGACUCCAAUGUCAUCGUAACAGCAGUUGUAUGUCCCUUUUGUGGAAUAGAAGGACACCAACGCCGAUCUCAUUAUAAUUGUGCCGAAAAUCCUCUACGUACAGGUGUAAUAGAUUCUUUUUUGAUGGCGCGAAAUUCUGAAGCGCCUGAGGCUAACCGAAAUGAUUUGGGAGGCAUGAAUGCUUUGUGCUCAAAAUGUGGAGCCUACAUGUGGAUUGAUGAAAGAAAGCAAAGAACAACAAGAGCUUCUCCAACGUUUCAAAUCUGCUGUCAAGAUGGCCAGGCAAUCUUGAAGCCAGUACACCAUUUUCCAGAGCUUAUUGUCAAUCUUUUGAGUGGCAAUGACGAUGUUAGCAAAGAGUUCAAAUCGAAUAUUAGAACGUACAAUUCUGCUCUCAGCUUUACAUCCAUGAAUGCAACUUUAGAUCAAUCAGUUGCGAAUAAUCAAAAUGGUGCCUACGCAUUUCGUAUUCACGGUAGCGUCUAUCAUCUCAUGAGCUCUGCAUUUAUGCCAGCAAAUGAUACACGCCCAAAAUUUGCUCAAAUGUAUAUAUUCGAUGGGGAAAAUGAGCUCCAAAACCGACUGAAUGUUGCUGGAAACCCCAACAUUGAGAGAACCACUAUGCGUCUCCUCCAAAAUAUGAUGCACGAAGUCAAUCCUUUUGUUGACUUAUUUAAAACCAUGGAGGAGCUAUCAGUUGGGCAACCUGAAGGAAUUCAGAAUAUACGAAUGGUAUUUCGUUCAGAGGAUUCUCCUGAUCCAAGAAGAUAUAAUAGACCUAGAGUUCCAGAAAUUGGUAUACUAUUGUUUGAUGGCGACGAUGAAAGCAGCAACGAACAGCCGAAAAAUUGUGAUAUCAUUUUAAGAUUGAAAGGUUCUGGUGAUAACCUAACAAGAAUUAAUGAAACCAAUCAAUUCUUUGAUCCUCUUCAAUACGUUUUGAUUGAUGACUGA